AUGCUCCCUUUGGUUCUUUCCACUCUCUCCAUUGCGUGCAUCGGAGCGCUUGCCACGCCUUUAGACUUCUCGCUGGAACGGAGAGCCCCCGCAACGAUUUAUGCGGCGUGCACGACCCCCGACACCGUUGCAGUGACCUUCGAUGAUGGACCACACAUCUACUUGGAUGAGAUCGUCAACACCCUUGACGCAGCAGGCGCAAAGGGUACUUUCUUCUUCAAUGGAAAUAACUUUGGAUGCAUCUACGCUACUGAAAAUAUCCCUCGCAUCAAGAACGCCUACGAUCGUGGCCAUCAAGUCGCCUCCCACACCUGGGCACACAAGGACCUCGCAACGCUUACUUGGGAUGAAAUUAAUGACGAGAUGUGGCGUGUCGAAGGCAAGUCUGAGGCGCUCUUGAGGAUCGUUGGUGCCUCCGCCGCUUUCAUGCGCCCUCCUUUUGGGAGCUACAACGUCCUCGUCCUCGAAGCCUCAGGGGCCCGUAGACAAUCCAUCGCCAUCUGGGACUUCGACUCCCGUGAUACUGCAGGCGCCACUGCUCAGGAAUCGAAGGAUCUCUAUGACGACAUUGCCAACCAACGUCCCAGCACGAUCCUCACGCUGAACCACGAAACACGAGAAUCCACCGCCCGUGAUGUUCUCCCAUAUGCUAUCCAGAGGUUGCAGAGCGCCGGCUACAGGCUUGUGACUCUCGCAGAGUGCGUUGGACAACCUGCGUACCAGAGUUUCACCACUCCAGGAACUCCUGAUACCUACCUCCUCAUAGAUGCUCUUGUAGGGCUCCUGGGCAUGCUAAUGGGUAUGCCCGUGCGUUUUCCACGGUCAACACACGAAUACGACCCUGGGCCAUGA